AUGAUAAGAAAAAAGGCAAAAAGCGAUUCGAGUGUCCGUGUGGCGACUGACGACCCCACCUUCCAAUCAUACGCAUUCCAGCCUUCAACGUCUUCAUCAUCUAACGUCGGUUGGUUUGGUGGCCUUCGCACGAAACUAUCACAAUUGGGUCUGUUUCCCGACUGGAUGUCACAACUAGGUAUCCGAUCGGAAGACGAGAAAAUGGAUACAUCAUCUACGAGUAGUCCACAAAGUGAGCAAUCAAUUGGAGAGUACGAUGAAAGUACGCUAGUUUUUCGACCAGUACAACUGGAUCGUUGUGGGCAGGAGGAUGAUUCCGAACAAGUUGAUAUCUGGGACUUUGGGGCCACUUUCCUUGCUGACCUGGAUUCCAAUCAUGUCUGGAAUGAUACUAUAGAACGGCAGCACUUCGGACCUCUCAAAGAUUUGAUAACAACUGGAGGAGGCGCCAACAAAACCAGCAGUCAUAGUUUCAAAACCCAUUCUCUUCUGCAUCCAACGUGGUGUGACAAGUGUGGAGAUUUCAUUUGGGGAAUUCUGAAGGAAGCAUUGAAAUGUGAGAAUUGCAACUACACAUGUCAUGCCAGAUGCCGAGACUUGGUAACGUUGGAUUGUAGAUCUCCUGGAAGCUCUCUUGCCUCUUCGGCUGACUUUGACUCUAUUUAUCCACAACUCGAUGGGACCCUCGGAACCAUUCCUAAAGGAUUGAUCCUUCCCCCCGCAAUGAGCUCAAGUACAGGGUCUGAUAAGGAGAAUGGAAAUGCUAACACUGCUGAAACAUCUGUUGAAAAUCCAAUAUUCUCAUCCAAAAACUCAUUCACCCUUCCAAAAUCAUUCUCUCCAGUAGACAGCAUUCGAAAAGAAAUGAAAGAACCGAGUGCACCGCCAGAAUCAAGACAUACAACGUUAAGAGUUAUUGAGAGAUAUGUGAAGGAGGAUACACCAUUUGAAUGGACUGAUGAAUAUAAAGAACUGGAUCUGGAAAGGAAGAUUGAAGCAUACAACUCCAUUGCUAGAGGAAUGGAAAUCACACUUCACAAAGAUGGAAUCAAUUUCGGAGGUCAUAUUCAUGUGAAUAUGAAUCUUAGUAGACCAAUUAGUGUUGUCCAGGGAGUUGCUCCACCCACGGUCUAUGACGUUGUUAAUACUACUAAAUCAACUUCAAAAACAACAUUGAGAACAAUCACUUCAUUUUUCCUCCCAAGAAAUACUACAAAAGUUAUCAAUAUCGAUAGCAAGACUACGGCAAGAAAGAUGAUUGUGACUCUGUUGAAAAAGUUCCGAGUGGCCGAUAAUCCGAGAAAGUUUGCAUUGUACGAGUGUGAGCAACAAACCGAUGAUACUACAUGUACGCUAACAAGAAGACUGACUAGAAUCUCGGAUGAUGCUUGUCCUUUGAAAGUUGUUCUCAAUUGGCCAAGUCCACAUUGUGGUCGUGCACUUGUUCUACAAGAAAACGACACUGGAGAUAUUCUGUGGGACGCUUUCGAAAUUCCGGAGCUCGAGAAUUUCUUGAGGAUUUUGGGGAUGGAGGAGAAGCAGUACGUCUUCCAAACGCAACAAAAAUAUCAACAGUACAGGUAUCAUCUUGAUGCGGAACUCCGUCAACGAGGUCAUCACGUUCCCGAAGGAGAAGCUCAACCAGUGAUUCAGACGAAUCCGUUUUUGGAUGAAGAUUUUCUCCGAAAUCAAGAUGAAUACGGAACAUCAGACAGUAUGCUGUUCUCGGGAACCAUAAAAAAUGCCAUAAUGGAAGAUCCGGAAUAUGUGAAUCUUGACUAUCUCAAAAAACAAAACAUGGACCAAUCAACGAAUUUGUAA